AUGGGUGGCUUGCAUGCUGUCGAGGAUCGACCUACACCCAAGGAGGUGUACAAUUGGCGUCUGUACACUGAGGCAUCGAUUAUUGCGACUGGAUCAUUACUCUUUGGAUAUGACUCGGCGUUCGUCGGUACAACCAUCGCUCGUGCUAGUUUCAAGAAAGACUUUGGCAUCACAAAGCAUACAGCUGCUGGCAUCUCCAGCAAUAUCACUUCUGCCUUUCAAGCAGGAGCCUUUUUCGGUGCUCUGUUCUGCUACUUCCUCACUGAGCGCGUUGGCCGCAAAUGGGCUCUACAAGCAAAUGUCGUUGUCUUUCUCGUGGGAGCCAUUCUGAUGACCGUGGCCACUCAUCAGCUUUCAUACAUCUACGCUGGACGUGUACUCACCGGUCUUGGAUGUGGCGCCAUCACUGCUACAGUACCGAGCUAUAUCGCCGAGCUAUCAGUUCCUUCCAUUCGUGGUAUCCUGACGGGUCUUUUCGAGAUCGCAUAUCAAGUCGGUUCCUUGAUCGGAUUCUGGGUCAACUAUGGCAUCAACAAAAACAUGAAUGUCAAGUCUGCGCUGAGCUGGAAGAUCCCCAUGGCAAUUCAGCUCAUUCCUGCUGCAAGUUUGUUAGCCGGUGGUUUCUUCUUGCAUGAAAGCCCUCUGUGGCUUAUGCGCAAAGGCCGCGAGACAGAAGCCAAGGCAGCGCUCGUUCAGCUUCGUCAUCUACCUGUCGAGCAUGAGUAUCUUCAGGAAGAUGUCCAAGAUAUGCAGAGCAGACUCGACGAGGAGGCAGCAAUCGCAGCACGCUAUGGCAGAGGCUCGUUGGCUUUUAUCCGCGGAUGUCUCAAUGAGCUUUCUCGUCCUGGCAUGCGCAACCGUGUUCUUCUUGUCUUUUGCGCUUUUGCGUUGCAGAACCUGUCCGGUGCCUCUGCAAUCAACUACUACUCGCCCACAUUGUUCGGUUCCCUUGGUGUUACAGACAUUCCAUUGUACACGGGUAUCUACAGGCUUGUCAAGGCGAUUGCUUCGAUCAUCUACUACAUCUUAUUUGUUGAUGUGCUCGGUCGUCGCAAACCUGUGUUGGUCUCUUCAGUCGCUUGCUCCCUCUGCCUCUGGUUUGUGGGAGCAUACGUCAAGGUUGGACACCCAGCAAGUGCCAUUGCUGCCGGUGAACCUUUGUCGGCAUCCACAGCAGCUGGUGGUCGUGCCGCCAUUGGCAUGAUCAUGAUUUAUUCCAUUUUCUGGUCCUUCGGGCUGAACGGUAUUCCUUGGAUUGUGUCGGCUGAGAUCUUCCCUGGUUCUUUGAGAGUCCUUACAGGAACUUAUGCUGCACUCUGUCAGUGGCUCGUUCAGUUUGUCAUGACCAAGGCCUUGCCAUAUAUUUUCAAAUCUUUUGGCUACGGUACAUGGUUCUUCUUCGCGGCUUGGAUGCUGAUUGCGACACUUUGGACAUUCUUCUUCAUGCCCGAGACAAAGGGUUUGACGAUCGAUCAGAUGGAUGAAUUGUUUGGAUACAAGGGGCAUGCAAGAGCAGAAGAUAUGGAGAUUGGAGUGGGUAACAAGCAAGGUGUGGAAACAAUCGACAAGAUUGGUGCAACGACCACCGAGUAUGCAGACAGAAACUAA